AUGAAGAAGGACGACAAAAACAAGUCACUUCGACAGCUCAGUCGGAAACAUGGCAUAUCCAUCAUUCAGCAGCUUGUCGAUAUUGGUAGUGAGGGAAAUCAGGAAGAGCAUUCCAAGUUCCUUUGGUUCAUCACUGACCUCCAGUGUCUCGUACCCGGAGGCUCGAGGCUGCGGCGCUCGCCGAUUAACGCCUUUAACCAGCGAGAGUACGUCGCGUUGUCCCACACUUGGAAACCUUGGAAGCCCGAACCCAAGGAACGUGGGAGGUAUCGUGUCCAGAAUUGGGAUAAUAAUAGCCCCCGACUCUCAAGGGUCCGAAACAGCGUCUUCGACCGUAUCCUCGGCUAUAUGGAUCACGUUGGCGUCGGCUACCUCUGGAUUGAUGCCCACUGUAUCCGCCAAAAGACAUGCGGCGCGGACGAUUGCCACCACUACCGCUGCUUCGAGAAACGCAAUGGUUUACAAGCCAUGGAUCUCGUUUAUCAACUCAGCAGUCACCCGGUGGCACUACUGAGCUGGAAGCUGAAUACGAAAUCUGAGCUGUUUCUUCUCUCGGAGAUUCUCUCGGGAAAACUCGUCGAAGACAGCCACGAGUUGCGGCUUCGAGGAGAUGCUGAUAUUGCUGUCGAGGCACUGAAGUUGCUCAGCGAGAUAACGCAGGACAACUGGUGGUGGCGCGCGUGGACGUUCCAGGAGAACUACCGCGGCGGAACGCGGAUGCAGUUGUUGAUCAGCCACAAACCAUCCCUGGAGCGACAGAAGCUGCGACACGGUGUAUUCGGUGAGAUAACGGGUGAGCUGUGCAUACAAUCCAUCAAGUUUUCCGAGCAGGCUACACGGCUAUGCCUAGCCCUCCGUGGAAUGGUAAGGCAGUUGUCACUGGAUUUGAAAAUGAUUGAUGGCGUACUCCGAGCAGCUGGGAAGUAUACGCUCCUGAUACACAAUUCGAUAUCCAUGACUCCAACAAUCAUCGCCGAUAUUGAGCCACGCGGGUUAAAGAAGCCAUGGGACCGACUUGCCAUCAUAGCCAACUGCUGCCAGUACCCAGUGAGGUUGAACGGCAACACACUCAGCCAGCGUCGUCAAAGUCUCAGCCUAUAA